CUAACAGCAAGGAAAAGUCUCCAGCAAAGCGUCGUGCCUCCACUGGGGACAUGAUGUCGGCAACCGGCACGGGUCGUCGCGCCUCUCUGUCCUUAGGAUCCGCACCAAAUGCAGGCACCAACGGCGAUAAUUCUACAGGGAGUCCCUCGGUGGGAAAUGCGGGCCCUUCAGGAGGAGGAGUCAUGGGAACGCAGUCCAUGGCCGUUCGCCCACGUCGCGGCUCUGUAAGUGGGGCUCUAGAAACCGUCGAUUCGACCACGUCCAUACCCGUUAGUGGAAAGCGCAUGAGCGUUGGCGCUCUAGGAAAAACCCUGACAUACGUCAACCGCGCAAAAGCAGGCCUGCGGCGUGGGUCGUAUCUCAGCAGCCCUGAUAGCGACUUGGAAAGCAGCUCAGAAGACGAGGAAAUGCAAAAGCCUGAUGCUAUGCGAGAGAGGACUAAGACACGACUAGAAUAACGAUAGAAAUCUUUCUUGCUAGCUCCUUGAUGUUUGCACCACAAUAAGUAAAAGUAGGUCCUUUUAGUAAUGAAGUUCGCAAAUGAACAUCUUCACCCCAUGCUUGAAGAGGAGCAUUAAGCUCAAAAUAUUUUUUUUAUCCUUCUCCUCUGUCUCUUCAUAGUUCCAGAACGGGACAGAUCGGACCCAGCAGUUUUCAGGGCUUUCCUGAAAAAACGAUGCUCUACCCUUUCGCGCGCAUGGAACCUGAUGUGCGGCAAAAAUCAGGGACGAUCUUUCGCAACCUGGUCCGAAGCCAAAUCGCAAGAACGCAGAGUCGGCGACACUUCGAAGAGCUGUCGCACAAACAAUAGUCGCACUUUUUAUGCCCCGUCUGUCAAUUCGCAUUUCUCCAUGAGGAUCAUUUUCAUGAUCUACUUCUGAACGCUUGUGUCACAUAGUUGACGUUGACUGAUACCAACAAGCUUAGAAAUUAUCCAAAGUAGGACAAUGGGCUUCUUCUAUCGUCGAAUUUCUACGUCAGAAAGAAAUUGCUUGAGCUACUCGCAAUUCAAGCAAUGAAUAGUACUUACUCAUUUCUAAUGUUUUUCUUACGACGAAUUCGAAGAGAUCCUUAUCGACCGGAUGAAGUACACCACUGAAAAAUCUGUGGUGUUGAGCCUUUUCCGAAAUUUGGACGAUGAUAAUUCGCAGACGAUUUCGAUUGACGAGGUGCGUCCGGAUCGAAAAACCAACUUUUUCCUAGCGGCCUUUAUCGAGGCGAUUUUGAAGCCCGUGAUGGUCAAGAUGGUAUACGGUGGAAACCCAGUGGUGCAAGGAGGAAUGACGUAACAAACUUUGUGAAUACAUACUAGCUUGGAGCGCCCGAUAGCAACCCCUCGCGCUAGGAUUCCCCUCCUCCCGAAGUAACCCAGGGAACUACAGGCAAAGCAAUGCCUUAAUAUUAAACAACUACGCUGAAACUCAAUCUCUUGGAUUUGAAUCCCUCAAAUUUCGAAGCUUUUCGCAUUAUUUGUUCGCUUUGGGACGGAUUAAAUUCGCUGGGUUUGAAUCUCUCCAAUCCCAAAAUUUUUGAUUUUAUGCGUUUCCUCUGGGCCUCAACUUCCUGGCUUCGAAUUUCUCAAAUUUGGGAACUUUCCUCAUUAUUUUGCUCCUUGGGGAUUCAAUUCGCUGGAUUUGGAUUUCUCAAGUUCCAAAAUUUUUGAUUUUAAGCCUUUUCUCUGGAAUUCAAUUCCCUGGAUUUAAAUCUCUCAAAUUUCGAAGCUUUCCUUAUUAUUUUGCGCCUUGGGGAUUAAAUUCGCUGGAUUUCUAUUUCUCAAAUCCCAAAAUUUUUGAUUUUACGCAUUUUGUUGAAAUUCAAUUUCCUGGAUUUGAAUUUCUCAAAUUUCGAAGCUUUCCGUAUUAUUUUGUCGCCUUGGGAUUGAAUUCGCUGGCUUUGAAUGUCUCAAAUCCCAAAACUUUGGAUUUUACGCAGUUUCUCUGAAAUUCACACUCCUGGAUCGUGAGCUCCUGAGUUCAUGAGUUCGCGAGUUCAUGAGUUCAAUCAUGAGCUCACGAGUUCAGCACUCAUGAGCUCACGAGUUCAGCGCGAGUUCAUGAGUUCGUGAGCUCAUGAGUUCAUGAGUUCGUGGCUCAUGGUUUGUGGUUUGUGUCUCGGAGGUUUGGGGCUUGGGAGUUUUUUUGUCGGAGGUUGAGGGUGUGGGUGUUGGAGGUUCGGGUGUUGGAGGUUGAGGUUUCGGAGGAAAGUGUUUGCUGAAUUUUGUUGCUCUUAAUAUUUAAUCUGAUAAAAAAGAAAUCAUGUGACGAGAAUUUUAUCUGUGUUGAAUAAGCACAAUUACAUGAGAGAUUCAUUUGAUUUUGGUUCUUUCUUUAUCUUUUCCCAAUUAUUUCCGUUCGUUCCAUCAUGAUGAAUUGAAAUCAAGGUAUUUAAAGCUGCUGCUGUUCUUGGCCCAUAUGAAGCGGGUGGUGAUAAAGAAGGCGAAGGAGCUGCGGAGUGGAGGGUUGACGCCGGAACAGAUCUUGUCGCCCGCUUUUGAGCCCACAACGUCGGACGAAGAGGAAGAACGCGAGUGGAUGAAGCGCAAGAUGUCAGCCAGUAGUUUCACUUCCGGCGUCUCGCCAAGUAACCGGAAGUCUACUCAGAAACAAGAUCAAGACGCACCGGGUAAUAGUGCAGCUGCAACUAGCAAUGCUCUGGCAGGCUUAGGGCUCAGAAUAAUUCAUCUUCACAGGGGAGUACCCUAUUGUUCAUUCUUGUCUCAGAUUCAUCCUCUUCGUUUUCUUUUUCUAACACUAUGAACAUAAGAUAAGGUGAGUUAUUGUGUUAAGUUCCAAUAGGUGCAGCAGAAAAAGUUACACGAUCGACUUCUGGAGAGUCAUCGAAUACACUCAACGAGGGAACAGAGGGCGCUGAAAGACCAAAAGCUGUCCAAUGGACACCAAAUCGCAGAUCUGGUAGAAAGGUCACCGACAAAUAUUUUCGGCAGGACAAGGAGUUGAAAUCUCUUGCGACUCGUAAGGAGCAGACCUAUGCGGCUAGUAAGGUACUCAUUACUUCUCCGUAGUAGUAUACAUUUAGUGGUCGUUGAAGUAGAUCUUCAUGCUCGCGUUCUUCGUGGGACUUCUUGUUCUCAGUUACGGAAUUGUGUUGCUGCUUGUACGAGUAGUGUUUGAGUUUUUACCACAUAGAAAAUACAGUGCACUGAUCAAGAUACUUCCCACAACUUAUACUUGUUCAACUACUUACUACUUCUAGGUGUCUCGCUUACGUGCGUCAUUAUUGAAGUUGAAAAACUUUAAUUGGGAAGACCCGGCAAUGGUGGACUCGAGAUUACACGCAGAUCCAGUGAUGAACAACAGAAAACCACAUGCGCCACGAGACUUGAUACACAAAGAUCAGGGAAUUCAUGAUCGCUAUCACGAGCUGAGUCGGCAGCUUGUUAUCUCAUCUUCUUCGGACUCGAAAACGUCCCUAAGCGGAGUCUCAUCGAUGACGUCACCUGCAAUUUCAGGUUAUGUUGCACGGUGAUUGAAUUCUACCUAAUAUAUACAUGUCAUAGAUAUAGCCAACAAUGAAUAAUAAUAAUUUUCUAUUUCUUGAGAUUCACCCGUUGGUUCCCUUCACUAGUACAAUACUUUCUGAGUUUGCGAAACCAAUCGCUUCUAACAAGUGAUAACCGUCUCAGUAGGGUCUCGCUCCUCUGCGGGACCUCCAAAGGUGUGCGGGUAUUGUGGCCACACGAUAUCCAAGGCAGGAUGGGGCAAUCUCUUCUGCAUUUGCUGUUCCUGCUGUACCGAAGCGAUCAACAAGGGAAUUUAUCCCUUACUUUUAUGGCAGAUGCAUAGCACAAGUUGUACAACCUCUAGCUUUCUUAUUAUAACAACUAACUGCAGGUGAGUAGAAGGAACUAGAAGAGCAUUGCGCGAUCGUGCGAAAAUGCUCAUAGCACGCGGUCAUUUUUAUAAAAUGUAACACAAAUACGUUAAUAGGGAAAUCUGACGCACGUUGCCGCGUAGAUUGAGAUCAUCACGAAUACUUUCGUCAGGCCCUGUUUUAACCCAGACAGCUCUAAGACAACCGCUUUUCCAUAGUAACUGCACGGCAUCUCCGCUCUUUACGGAGCAGAUUGCGCCAUCCCGUGCGGACGUUUGGCGAUCCCAAAGUACCGCGAAGCCUCGCAUAUCAACAAUCGAAGGGCACUUCUGAGCGAGGAAGGCAUUGGCAAAUAAGACAAUAAAAAGGAAUAAAUAUUAUUAGAUACUUAAUACUCGUCGUGUAGUUUUGAAUUUGAUUUUGAUUUAUUUAUCAAUGCCGUCAUGAUCAUCUUGUUCAGAUUGCAAUUUUUGGCACAUUGGUUGUGAUCAUGCUACUGCUCUCUCUAAAGCAUCUAUAUCUUCAGUGCCUCAAUACAGUCAUUCCACGCAUUGGUAAAACUAAACGAAAAAACAAUCACUGUCACUGACUCAACCACAGAGUGCAUGAAUUUUGUUAAUCCAUCGAAAAUAACAGAAGUACCACACUAGUAAAAUUGCACAGGAGACAUGAUUGUCACGGAUUUGAAAUGAUAGUAGUGCUGAUCCUAUAAAUCGAAUUCGUGAAAAUGACAAGUCAUCCCAGUGGUAACAUGUACUUACCACGUCCGAUUUUUACACGCGUAUGAGAGCAGUCUUUCGUCGCGGCAUUGUAUGACGACCACCGAAUAACUGAUACUUCGAGGUCGCGGAUCAGAUCCUGAUCGGAGUGUGUGCAGCAGGCGUGUAAGUCGUUAAAAAAAUGAACAAGAAAAAUCAAUAUUGAUGCAUGGUUGUCAUAAAUACCUAUAAUCCACAUCCUUCUGAAUCAAUUGAUAAUAAGUAGACAAUAUCAAUAUCCUCGUGGCAAGGGGUUCAUUGUACAGUAUUGCAAAGUUAGUGUUACCAAUCAAAAUCGUACCCAUGAUACGACAUGCAGAUCUAGAUGCACGUAGUCAUUUUCACUUUAUAGUUUUGUCCGUAAGAUCUUCACGAACGUAGCUAUGAAGAUAACAUUAGUUCUGGCGGAUUCAAGUCAUGUGCAUGUUCUUACUGGUAUAGUUCUUUUACACAUUCGGAAAGAUGCUUUGUCAAAAAUUCGAAUAUACUUAUAGAUACUGAGUUAGUUUCGUCUAUCGUGCAGGGCUAUGUAGAUUGAUAAUGAGUUUCCACUGUUUUCGUCAGGAUCAGGAACAGGAUGAAGUAGGGCCUUCAACCAUAAUGGUGAAUUCAAUUGCUACUGUUAAAGUCAACCUAGUCGGAAAUUACCUUAAUGAUAUCGUACAAGAAAUAGAAUAUAAUAGAAGAUCGAACAGUGGAUGACAGACUAUCUUUUCCAUGUUGCAUCCAUGCAAACGUCGAUAACUCGUCAAUAAGGAUCGAUCCCUUCUACUGAAGUUUAUCCGAG